CUCUCUCUCCCUUCCUCAUCUCUCAUCUCUUUCUCCUCGCAACAAAAAUCUCACGCUGGUCCUUUUCAGUUUUCACCCGACUCUCCCCAAAUUACUGUGUUUUACCGCAGUAAUUAUUUCAAUUUUUACUGGGUGCUGACGUGGCAUGCAUCCAAUAGAGAGGCGCCAUGAACACCAAAACGAUGCGUCUUCCCCCACGUCGAGUUCUGACGCCGGACAAGCGCAAGGAACGCGACGGCGUCGUCCCCGUCACCGGAAAGCUGCCGGAAACCGCCGUGAUGAAGCCUCCGUUACCGCCGAUUAUCCCUCCGGUUCAGUCCUUCUCCAGAAAAGCCCCGGCAAAGGUGGCGCCCUCAGCCGCGACGGCCGAGCCGGCCGGUUCGAACCAGCUCCUGGCCGGUUACUUGGCCCACGAAUUCCUCACAAAGGGGACACUAUUCGGAGAGCAGUGGAACCCGGUUCGAGCACAAACCGGACCGGUCGAGCCGAGGAUGACCAAACCCAGCCAUAAUACUGAGCCGGAUGAUCCGAGCGAGCGGAAGCGGAGGAGGUACGUGGAAGUGGCCAAUCUCCUACGGGCAGACGGGACCCACCUGCCCGGAAUCGUCAACCCUGCCCAGCUUGCCCGAUUCCUCAAACUGUGAUGCCAAUUCCUGUCCACGUGGAUCCAGAUCAUUGGUCUGUCACCUGGUAAACAUGACAGCCCUAACACCGCAACAUUCUCUCUAUGGUUUGUUUUUGAAAAAUUUUAUCCUCCCUGUAAAGCUGACUCUCUCUCCUCGUCUUCUUCGAAAUUGACUCAGAAAUCUUAGGGUUUUUUUUUAGAGCUUUCGUAUUCUGUACAUCAGAUUGUGAUAUCGAUCAGGGAAUGGAAUACAUUUUCAGUUGGAAAUC